AUCUUCAAAUUUCUCCUAUAUGUGUUUAGACAAAAAUACCCACCCCGUUUUUUCUCCGUCCCAAUUUUAAUCUUUCAAUUUCUCAUCUUUAAUUAUUUUUAGUAAGGCUAUUUUCUAUCCAUCUCCAUAUAAGUUAAAAGCCUCUCCCGGCCUUCUCCCAUCAUCCAUCCACAACAACAAAUAAGGAGUACAAUAUCCUUUAAAUUCCUCAACUCCUUCCCUUUCUCAAUAAGAUUAUUAACACCCAAAACAAAGAAAGAAAAGCAAAGACAAACACAAUGAAGCAUUUCACAGUCUCUUCUUCCAUUCCCUUCUUCUUCUUCUUCCUAGCUGCAACAUUCCUCCAAUGCUCCACUUACACCACCAUACCCAUCGCCCAUGCACAAGCGGCAGGGACGGCGGCCGGACCGGCCCCGCCGGGUCCGACCAACAUAACCGCGAUCCUCGAGAAGGCGGGUCAGUACACCACCCUGAUCCGUCUCCUCAAAGCCACCCAAGUCGGUGCCCAGAUCGACACCCAGCUCAACAAUUCCAACCAGGGUUUGACGGUUUUAGCCCCGACCGACAACGCGUUCUCGGGGCUAAAACCGGGAACCCUGAACUCAUUAUCCGACCAGGAAAAGGUCGAACUGGUUCAGUUCCACGUCCUCUCCUCUUUCUACUCCAUCUCCCAGUUCCAGACUGCUAGCAACCCUUUGAGGACGCAGGCCGGAAACGGCGCCGGAGCUUUCCCGUUGAACGUCACCGCCGCCGGAAACCAAGUCAACGUCACCACCGGAGUGGUCAACGCCACGCUGGCCAACACCGUUUACACGGAUGGCCAGCUGGCAGUGUACCAGUUGGACAAGGUGCUUCUUCCCGUCGGCCUCUUCGGGCCUCCGGCGCCGGCGGCCGCGCCGUCUCCGAAGAAGUCGGAAAAGAAGGGUAAGGUGGCCGGAGGUCCGGUCUCCGGCGAAGAUGCUACGCCGGAGAAGGCGUCGGGUGCGGUUGGCGUGCAUGGCAUGGCGGUCGUGGCGGUCGUUGGAGUGGCUGUUUCGGUUGGGCUUAUGUGGUAACGCUUGUGUGAUUGUGCCACGUGGUGAAGUUUAGUCCGUUUGUUGUCAAGAUUUGGACGGUGGUGAUUUGAUGGACUGAGUGCCUUAAUAAUUAAUUGUCUACUGCUCUAGAUCGACUAGUUAAAAAGCAUUGUAAGAAAAUUCAAUUUUUGAAGUGUCAUUUCUUUCUUCGUUUGUAUUUUUUUAAUUUACAUUCUUGCAGCCCAAAAAAAAAUUUAAAAAAAUAUACUCCCCCGUCCAUAAAUUAUCUUCCCACUUUCCUAUUUGGGAUGUCCACAAAUAAACUUCCCAUUUCUUUUUUACAUCAUCAAUAGGGAUAGAUCUGAUGAUUGAUUUGUAACCUUGCUCGAUUUGGACGGAUCUCAUAAGGUUGUAUUCUAUCUCUGCGGAUUUGAGGACUCCAAUCUAGAUCUAAUUAAGACGAAGAUCGAGAUGGCGACCACUUGCUGUGGUGGCGGAGCCGCGGAGGAGCAACAAUUGAUGGUGGUGAGUUGAAUCGGAAGGUAGGAAACUUGGAUGGAGAAGCUGGAGAGAGGAGAAGGCUGUGUUUUUUUUAAAGGACUAGACAGGCUGUGUGGUGACAGGAGGAUUAGCUAGGGGGUAAUUUUGGAAAGUCAAGGUUGUUUUCAUUCCACCUAAAUUUGCGCACCAAGUCAAAGCGGGAAGAUUAAUUAUGGACAGAGGGAGUAUGCUUUUAAGUUGUUGAAAUUAAAAUUAAUUUUGCCAG